CGGACGCAUAUGCCUUUCUCCUCUCCAAUGGAUCCAUCAUCCAUCUUUCUCUAACUCUUUCAACUUCUCUCUAACAAUGAACAAACCCAAAAUUUAUAAGAAGUGAAAACACAAAAAUAAUGGCGAGUGCUACCUUCUCCUUCUCCCCUCUCUCUCAAUCUCAAUCCCAUUCCCAUACUUCACUCAUCAAACCGACACCGUUUCUCAGAUAUGCCAAGAAACUGCACCACCACAUCUCUUAUCCAACUCACCAUCAUCCUCGUUACUUAGCCGUUUCAAGAGACGACGCGGCCGCAACGACACCUCCUCUUCCUUCUUCCGACCAAACCCAAGAACCAGAGACCAAUGAAGUCGAAGACACAAUAGAGAAACGAAGAAUGGAAGAGAAGUUUGCUGUCCUAAACACAGGUAUCUAUGAGUGUAGAUCAUGUGGUUACAAGUACGAUGAAUCAGCUGGUGACCCAUCGUACCCGAUCCCACCGGGUUUUCAGUUCGAUAAGUUGCCUGAAGAUUGGAGAUGUCCUACUUGUGGAGCUGCUCAGAGUUUCUUUGAGAGUAAAAUGGUUGAGAUUGCUGGUUUUGCUCAGAAUCAGCAAUAUGGUCUUGGUGGCAAUGCUCUUACUGGUGGUCAGAAGACUGGUUUAAUCUUUGGCUCUCUUUUACUCUUCUUUAUGCUUUUCUUGAGUGGCUACUUCAUCCAAUGAUUAUAUAUAUUUUCUCAAUCUUUAUUUUGUUCCAAUACACCAUUGUUCUCAUCAAUAUGAUACUAUCAUCGUUUCUACAAGA